CUCAAAAUAUCUUGCAGCUGGCCGGAAUUGGUGAUAUAUGGAACUCCGCAUAUGUUGACAGGCGGAACUCCGAAUAUCGUGCAGACUGACGGAACUCAAAAUAUCUUGUCAGCUGGUGGAAUUGAAGAUAACAAUAGCAAUUGCUUUCCUGCGUAUCAUCCUUACUACUGCCUAUAUCGUACCUUAUAUUUUGAGUUUUCUGUGGUGAACGAAUGGCUCAAGUUAAUGAAGCUAAUGGAAUAUCAAAAACAUACCAAACCUGCACAACGAAUUACCUAUUUGAAAAAUAGAAUAUGGUUAAAAAUUGCUGAUAUGAUAGAGGAUUCAAGUACUAUUUACAAACAAAAUAUUGAAGAGAAUGUGCUCAAAAGGAAAUGCAUAUGAAUUCUUUUUUGUUGACCAGGAUGGAAAAAUUCUUUGGAACCCAUGGUUAGAAUAAGUUAGUUAGGUAAGAUAAAAUUACACCCAUUUUUCAAACUUUAUAUAGGCGAUGUCAUUUUAUACAGUUUCCCAUUUUUUUCAAAAAGUUUAUCCACUUCGAUGUUUUAUUAUCGAUUUGAUGUUAGAUAUUCAAAUAGUAAGACAUAACUAUGGUAUGUGACUAAAAUAAUUGAAAUACUGACUGAAUUUUGAAAUCAUUAAUAGCUUACAGUAUACAAUAUUUCGAAACAAUGUGAAACCACAUGAGAUGAAGAUGGACAGUUGAGAAGAAUGU